UGGAUGAAAUGUUGUGGGCAGACAAGAAUGAAGCAUUAAAGAAGGCUCUGUUUCGUGGUGAUGUGCCAUUAAUUGAAGAACUCUUAAACUCCGGUAUAAGCAUAGAAUCUAGCUUUCAGUUUGGAUGGACUCCCCUGAUGUGUGCUGCCAGUGUGGCUGAUUUUGCAGUAGUGCGUAUUCUUCUGGACAGAGGGGCUAAUGCAUGUUUUGAAAUAGAUAAGUACACUGUGCUGAUGGCAGCAUGUACUGCUCAUGCUUCAGAGGAAAAGAUCUUGAAGACUGUAGAACUGCUUCUAUCAAGGAAUGCUGACCCUAACCUUACUUGCAGGAGACGAAUGACUCCAUUGAUGUAUGCAGCUAGAAAAGGCUGUCCUCAGGUUGUUGCACUUCUUAUCGCUCAUGGAUCACACGUAAACGCCCAAGAUGAAAAUGGAUAUUCAGCAUUAAUGUGGGCAGCACAGCAGGGACAUAAAAGUGUAAUUUUUAAGUUGCUUGAGCUGGGAGCUGACAAAAAUCUACAGACUAAGGAUGAGAAAACAGCAGCAGAGCUAGCAAAAAUCAAUAAACACUCAGAGAUUUAUAGUUUACUCUCUUUGGCUGCAAAUCACUUGCAAGGGGGAUAUCGUGAAACGAUUAAGCAAGAGGCUAUCUACAAAUUUCUGACAGCUGUCCCUAACCACAGCGUUGGUUCCUAUUCAACUUUUGAUGACAUGGAAGUGUUUUUACAUGGUCUUGGUCUAGAACACAUAAUAGGAUUACUGAAGGAAGGAGAUAUAACUUUAAGACAACUUCUGACCAUGCAAAAAGACGAGUUAAUACAGAUUGGCAUUACAAAUCCUGUAGAUCAACAGAAACUCCUAGAUGCUAUUAAAGAGCUACGAGUGGAAGAAAUAAAGAUUGGAGACCUCGCUGAAGUGAUGAAGCUGGAAUUGAGUGGAGACGAAUUCCUCAAGUUUCUUCAGAAGUUCAAUAAGGAGUGUAAUAAGCUGACUGUUCCUGUGCAGACCGUGAACGAGCAUUUCCUCAAAAAUUCCCACAAGAUAGUACUGCAGUGGGCACCGACUGAAUGUUUUACUGAAGUCUGCAAAGACUUGGUUUGCAGUGUUGAAAAGCUGGGGGAAGAAGUUACCAAACUGAAGGACCUGGUGGAGAAGCAUGAACAGAAGAAUGACCCCAGCCGAGUGAAACUUCCAGAAAAAGCAUCCACCUUGGAAAAAAGAUUAGUAAAAAUGGGAGUGGUAACUUUGCUUGGGUUUGGUUUUUUCUUCUUUAUAACUAAGUUAGUGGUAAAGAAAACCAGACUUUAG